GGACACCGGGCAGCAACCGAGCGCCGCCGGGCUGCGGCGUCACUGCGGGCCUGCGCUGGCCCCACACCGGCACCGGACGGCAUCGGGAGAUAUCGGCAGAGGGAGCGGCCCCGCGGCACCGGCCACGGGAGCGGCCCCGGUCCCGGUGCCGCCGCGCAGCCGUCGCCCUUGUCCCGGGCAGCUCUGAGCGGGGACAGCAGCUCUGACCCCGGGAUGGGGCCCGGCGGCCCCGGGAGCGGCUGGCCCCUGGCUGGGACCCUGCUGGUGGCCGUGGCCGCCUCGAUGGUGGCCGGGGGCGAAGACUGCCUGUGGUACGUGGACAGAAACGGGUCAUGGCACCCUGGCUUCGACUGCGAGUUCUUCACCUUCUGCUGUGGCACGUGCCUCCAGCGGUACUGCUGCCGAGACCCUCUGCGCCUGAUCACCGAGCGGCAGCAGCGCCACUGCCUUGCCUUCAGCCCCAAGACCAUCGCGGGCAUCGCCUCAGCCGUGGUGCUUUUCAUCGCCAUCGUCACCACCAUCGUCUGCUGCUUCAUGUGCUCCUGCUGCUACUUGUACCAGCGCCGGCAGCACCCCCGCACCCCCCUGCAAGGCCCGGAAAUUCCCCUGUCCAGCUACCCCCCUGCAGCUCCCCCAGCUCCCUUUCCCGUGGACCCUAAAGGUGGCCCUACACCUCCCCAGCCUGGCUUCACCCCCAUGGCCAUGUACCCCCCGCCCGGCCCCGCCGCCCAGUAUCCCAUGUACCCCUCCGGCCCCCCUGUCUACAACCCCACAGCACCACCACCCUAUGUCCCGGCACAGCCCAGCUACCCUGGAGCAUAAUCCCUGCGGGGACCCCUGCACCCGCCGCCGGCCAGCGGGGCCAGGCUGGGAACCCCAGGGACCCCCCAGCGCUGGGAGGCUGCCUUAGCCGGCGCUGGAUCACGCUCUUCCCAGCCAGCCUGGGGUGAUCCAGUACCAGCAGAACAGGGCGGCCCUUGUGCCGCACACUGGGCCCUUUGUGGGUGUCUACGCCCCUGGCUCUGGGUGCCAGUGGUCCUGAGCACCCGCGGGGGGGUUCCCGGGGGGGGUGGUCCUCCGAGGGCCAUGCACCGCUGUCUCCCUACACACAUACCCCCGGAUUCACCCCCGGCUCUUCACUCCGGGGUUGGCAUUAAACCACAUCUUGUGCCCACA